AUGCGCACCUCGCGCACUUCCAAGGAGACGGCAAAAGUCUUGCAAGCUCUUUCACCCCCUGCGCGCCGUCAAACUCGCAGCUCAGCCAACACAAGUGUACUCAGGAGCUUUGCCUUUGGCGCCAACUCUGCCAAUGAUGUCGAUACUAAAUCUUCUCUGAAGAAAUCUCAAAGUGAUAGUGAUGAUGAUAUCUCGUCACUGUCAUCUGCUGACACGGUUGACAUUGAAGAUAUCUUGGAGCCACCCUCGAAACGGCGGAGGAGCAACGUGAGCGCCCAAAAGACAAGCUCCCGUCCUCGUCCUUCUUCCACAAAAGCUCCCGAAAAAACAGUCGUAAAGGAUGAGCCUGUUGAAGCCAAGCCCAGUGCGCCAAAAACACGUCGAGUCCCUGCUCGAAAAAUUAAGGGCGAGGAUGGCUCAGUCAAAGUGGAACCGCCUUCGAAUUGGGAGACAAUGUAUUCCAUCGUCAAGAAGAUGCGCGAGGAUAAUCCGACUGCUCCAGUAGAUACCAUGGGCUGUGCUGAGCUCUAUUGGAGAGGAUCAUCGCCAAGAGACAAGCGGUUCCAGACACUUAUCGCAUUAAUGAUGUCCUCCCAGACCAAAGAUACCGUGACAGCCGUUGCCAUGCAGCGAUUGCACACGGAGCUUGGAGACGGCGAGGCUCCCUCACCAGAGUCCACAGUCAUCAAGAAAGAGGAAGAUGAAAACAAAGACUCCCAAUCGGUUAAGCCUUUCAAGGAUAGCACCUUGAAUCUUGAAAACAUCCUUGCUGUUUCCCCUGAACGACUCAACGAACUUAUCCGCACCGUCGGUUUUCACAACAACAAAACCAAAUACAUCAAAGCGGCAGCCAUAAUCCUUCGCGAUCAAUAUGACUCAGAUAUUCCUUCUACCGCCCAAGAGCUAAUGAAGCUUCCAGGGGUAGGGCCAAAGAUGGCCUUUCUCUGUAUGAGUGCAGCAUGGGGGAAGCAUGAAGGCAUCGGUGUCGACGUACACGUCCAUCGUAUCACGAAUCUUUGGGGCUGGAACAAGACAAAGGCACCGGAGGAAACUCGCAUGGCACUGGAGUCAUGGUUACCAAAAGAUAAAUGGCAUGAAAUCAACAAGUUACUGGUUGGUUUGGGACAGACAGUCUGCUUACCAGUUGGGAGAAGAUGCGGGGACUGUGACCUUGCUGGAACAAAGCUAUGCAAGAAGACCAGCGAUAAAGCCAUUACUCCAUUCAGAAAGCCGCGCAUCACGUUCCUCGACCUCCCAGACCAUGUUAGAUUGCGGAUCUACCAGUACUCUGGACUGUUUCGGCAGCGCUGUAUCACCUUUUUCAAUUAUGAAAAAAUGAGGAAGAUUAAUUCCAAAGAGCUUGAUACGUGUGCACUUCGUGCGGGUAAACGUGAGAGCUCUGGAUUCUGGUAUAGCCCUUAUGUCAUACAUUGUGAUCAUCCCGCAUUUCCAAUGGGCGUUUUCCUGGCAUCUCGUGCUAUCCGCCUUGACAUUGUCCCCCAUUUCUUUGGUCUCAAUAAUUUUGCCAUCGAUAUCUGCUGUGGCGCUGAUUUCCGGCUCUUCUGCACCGCAACUGAACGAGGCUACCAGUAUUUGAAAUCUCUGCAUAUCGACCUGCGUCCUGGUGACAACCGCUAUCUCAAGAUAGGCUCUGGUGUCCAUCGAACAAUCAUGAAUGCGUGGGAUAGCUUCUGUAAGAUAGCCCAGACGCAGAUGCCUCUUCUCAGACUUUUCAGCUUCAAAUGCAAAGUCAAGGAUCUUGAGGUUGCUUCUAGGCUGAUGUGUUCCAUGGAAUCAUUUCCUAUUCUUUCAGAAUGCUCAUUCCAUCUGAAUAAUUAUCAUGACGAGUUUAUGCAGCCGGUGAUAAAAAGGGCGGCUUUGAGAUUGACAGAAAACCUUGGCGAUAGGCCCCCAUUCCCAUACAUGCGUCUUCCCAAAGAGGUACAGCUGAUGAUUCUGGAUCAACUUUUGACAAAUCAAGGCGAUCCGUAUAUACAAUUCUCAGAUUGGUCAAAGGGCAUCGUUUCUUUUCAGCACCGCAAAAGGCCGCGACAACCUUUUCAUGAGUUAUAUCCGUUGACUUGCUGCGGAACGUGCUCACCAGUGCGAUCGGUAUGUUUCUGCCAGACUCGUCAAACAGCGUUUUCGACGACAUGUUCCUGCUUCCUGUCUCCCGUGUCAUACUUUCUUGUCAGUCGGGGUUUUUAUGAAGAUGCCCGCCGAGUGUUCUUCUCCAAGAAUAACUUUGUGUUUUUGGAAGAAGAUCCCGAAUUCAUGAUGCGAAUAAUGCAUUAUAUUCCAACAUCUUCAUUCAUGCAGAUUCGUUAUUUGUCCUUCAAGUUUCCAUUGACCUGUCGAGUUGCUGCAAGGCCUGGUCACAAGCCCGAAGAUUCUGCACUGCUUUCCUGGUCCGUUUUGCGUCGCUUCAUCCGUGAGCACUUUGAUCUAGAACGUCUUUCCCUCAUGAUUGUUGAUCUAGGAACAAAGCAGUCUUUCCCAAAUGCGACCCCAAACCGGAACAAAUACCUGCGGAAGCUGUUGAAAUCAUUUGCUGAUCUGCGUGGUCUUCGCGAUUUCCGUGUUUAUUUGGCGGACGAUCGUAUAUUCGAAAGGGAUGCUGAGAAGGCAGUUCUGGGUCCAGAGCGUGCUGGAAGAUCGAAAUUGGACGUCAUGCCCUUUAUCGGUCAAAAGCAUUUGAGUUCGUCUGACUGAAGCAGGCUCAUCGCCAUGUCACCAAAGGCUCUUAUACCCUUCUCAGCACCUGCCACAUUUCUCGUUUUCAGCGCUUGUACCUACUUGUCCUUCCACAUAAUGACCUAAUGAGUUUGUCCUUUUGUCUCUGCUCUUUGUUCUUGUCGCAUUACCGACCGGGUCACUGAAAUCCAUUUGGUUGUGGCGAUCUUGUUCGUGAGGUUAUAUGGAUUCGGCAUUCUGGUCCCUCUGGAAGCUCUUGUCCAUGCGUCCAUGCAAUCCAUUUCAAGGUGCGCUAUCCAGAGUCGGCCCGUCAAGCGCAGCAAGAACAUUCAAAGAGGCAUGGUAAAGAAAGCUCGUCAAAGGCUUCUUCAUCUAAACAAAGAUACUGUGG